UAUGUGUGAACAAAUAUUUAGACAUGUCAAAAAGAAUAUUAUUAUGUAUACGAUGGCGCAUACUACUUUUUUGUGGUAUAGGACUGUGGGUGGCACUUUGUAUGAAUGAUCUGUAUUAUAAUAAUGAAUUGAUACUUUCAACAGAUGAGGUACUUUCAACAACAACAACAACAAUUGCACAAGAAAUUUUAAUUAAAAAGAACAAGACAGUAAUGAAUAUUUCACAUUUUACUGAACAAGAUCAUGAAUCAUCAGGUACAAUAAGAAAAUCAAGAAUAUUAACAACGUUUGUCAUCAUUUUUAUAUCCAUUUGGUUCAUUUUAUUUACCAUAUGUAUUGAAGAGUAUAUAAAGACAAAGUCAGACAAAUUUAUAAAGAAACAAAACAACAAGAAAGAACUUAAUUUUAAUUCCAGUAAUAAGACAUUAACAAAUACUGGUAUACAAGUAUCACCAUGUCCUUUUUAUUGUACGCUAUCAUCAUUUAAUAUCAAUUCCAUUAUUUUACACCAAGAAUCAAUAAGAACACGUUAUGAAACUAAUGACGGAUGGUUGAAUACUCAACCACAUCAAGAAUGGUUUUCAAUAAUUAAAUCAUCAUCGGAUACUUUAUCAUAUACUUUCGAAGAAAAAAAAAGUGAACCAAAAAUUAUUAGUCAAAAUUUAGAAAAGCACGAAAAAGAACUUAGCAAUAACAAUAACAAUGCACAUAAUCAACAGAGGGUUGAAUAUUCGUGCAAUGAAAUAGACAUUUUUCAAUUAGAACAUAUAUCUCAAUUAAUUUAUUAUAUUAAUUUAAGUCGAUCACUCUAUUUUCAAUCAACUUUAUUUACUCAAAGAUAUAAUAUUAGUAUAUUAAAUAUUUUCACUUCUUUAUCGACUAAACACUCGUCGAAUUCUACUUUAUCGGUAGAAUAUUUAUACAAACAAAAUGGUAUCGUAGAUGAUAACAACGAAAAAACAAUUAAUAUUAAUAAAUUAAAAAUAACGAAUUUCUGGUCAAGAGAAAAAGAAAAAACACGUAUUAUUAGUUCCUCACCAGCGUUUCAAUUAUUUUUAGCUAAUUUCAAGUAUUUUAGGUAUACAACUAAUUGUAAGCCAUUGUAUUUUUCAAAGAUUUAUCAAUGAUUAGAAAAGUAAUGAAA